AUGGCGCAGGCGAGCAAGGAGCCGUGCAAGAAAGAGGCCUGUGACAUUCAAGCUUGCCUCUCCAAGAACAACUUUCUUCCUCAAAAGUAUGCGCCUUUAACCAAUUAUCGCUCUGCAUGUCUCAUUCCAACGAGGAAAAUGUUAAUCCAUAUUAUUCAGAAUUGGACACUCUCCUAUGAUGACAAGACUGUCUCCUUGGGACUGGGAUCUAGUCUUGUCCUCCAUUUCAGAUUGACUUCUUUCACAUUUGUAGAAUGUGGCAUUGUAGGCAUAUUUGGGAUGGAAGAAAAUGGGUUGGGAGGGAAUGGAAACUCCUCUAAAGUGCAAAAUUGGAACGAGAUAGGAGUAGGUGCCUUAAAGUCAUUGAACUGCUGGAUUCCUGUUGUGCAAAAUGCGACUAUAAGUCAACUCACUGCGCUUCCCUCGCCGGACUUUUGA